GCUAACCGGACCGGUGUUGUGUGGUCCAUCUAGUCUAGUCGACAAACAUCUGUACGUUCUAACAAGACUGUUUAAAAUGAAUAAUUCUCUGGUUUUGUCCGCUAUAUUCGAUCAAUUCCCUGAUAUGCAAGGGGAUGACGAAUUUAUUCUUUUUAAGCAGUUUUUUACUGCUAGAAACAUUUCAGUGCUGAAGAACUGGAUGAACCAAGCUAACAAUAACAUGUCCAAGAAAAAUCCUGCUAAAGUUAAUGAUCAGAUUCAUAAAGGCAAGGAGCUGUACUUUAACAGAAGUUUCGAGAAAAGUCUCAAGAAAUUUAACAUGGCACUUAUAUAUGCACAGUUUGGCAGUAAGCUUUAUAUUAAAGCAUUGUGCAGCAGAUCGGCUGCAUUUUUAAUGCUUGAGUUAUAUGAAGAAUGUUUGGCCGAUAUUAAACUGCUUGAGGCAUUUAAUGAAUGCAAGUUGGAGCAUAAAAUUAGGAGACUGAAAUGUUAUUUUCAGAUGAACAUGAUGGAAAAGUUUGAAAAGGAAAAAAUGGAAUUGUCAGGAAAAGAUCUUGAGAUUAUUACCAGCUAUCAGAAGACUAACAAACCCAAAGAGUAUCAUAAAUUUAAAAUUACCUUACCGGAAGUCCAUAAUGAGAAGUUCUUGAAUGCUUCAGACAAAGUCAAAUUGGAAUACAAGGGUAUUUGGCAAAGAGAUGUUGUUACCACUGUAGAUGUAAAAGCAGGUGAUGUACUCUUUGUAGAGAAACCUUUUGUGGCAGUUUCUGCACCAAGGGAAAUACAGGAUUUAAUUAUAUUUAUUUGUUAUGAAUGUUUGCAAAUUGGAAGCUAUAUGAUACCGUGUAAAUCAUGCGUGUACUGUUUUUAUUGCACGGAGGAGUGCAGAGAUAAGUCUUGGGAGUCUUGCCACAAGUACGAAUGCAAUGGUAUGCACAUGUUCAACGCCACUGGCGGCACUCUGUUGGGAUUGAAAAGUGCCGUGAAAGGCAUCAAAAGUAAUUUCAAGUUCUACGAUCAUGAUCACGAGGAAUGCACCAAAAAGUUUGGCGAUGCCGAAGAUAAUUACAUGUAUUUUAAUUCUUUAAUACCAAACACCUCCAAUUGCCCAGCCAAAGAAUUUUUAGUUGGUGCAGCUGUGAUCGUCUUGCACUUGAAGGAAAAAACAUCGUUUUUUCAAGAUUUGGAAAUGAAAUUGGAUAGACCGGAUGCUAUUGAUUUUAUAGGUGGCUUAUUGACACGACAUCUCAUGCAAAUUUACCUUAAUUCCAGCAGUAUCAUCAACUAUGAAUUAAAGUAUAAUUUGAACGAUAAAACACUUCUACCAUCGAGCGUCAAGAAGAGCAUGGAUAUUGUAGACUUGAUGAUGUUUCAAAGCUAUUAUGGGGCUGGGGUCUAUCCUUCCAUUAGCAUGAUGAAUCAUUCUUGCCAGCCAAACACAAAUAUCUUUUACAUAAACGAUGUGGCCAUUGUUAAAGCUGUGGAAGAUAUUCCUAAAGGUAAUCAGGUAUUCAAUUGCUACGGUAUGGAUCAUAGGUUUACAGAUAGAGUUGAAAGGAAACAUGCGAUCUUGGACCGCAAUCUUUUCGAGUGCCUUUGCGAGAUCUGCUUGGAUCCCAGCAAGGAAUUUAAAAUGGUUUACAAUCACGUGGUAUGCAUUUGCGGUAACAUACUGGCCGAAGAUCAAGGGACAUGUAAUGAAUGCAAUCGACCAUCCAUUACUACCGCACUUCUGGAGACUAUACCAUGCAUGUAUCCUUUGACCACCCUCGACAACAUCGAUCACUACGUCGCAUUUUGGCCGAGGUUGGCUUGGACCCACGAGUUCAUCUUCGAUACCUGCAAGGCCGUUGCAAAACUGCUGAAAAAACAAGGUCAAUACUUGGCUGCUAUUAUGUACCGCAAUAAAUGCGCCGAGAUCACCAAGGUGAAGUACGGAAAGAACUCCAAGGAGUACGCCUUGCUGUUGAACGACAUUUGCAAUGACAACAACGAAAUCGUUAACAAAAUCUGCAAAAUGCACUACCCAGUCGAGGAAGUUGAGAUCGUUUAAAAAAGGUAAAUGUAUUACCAACCAGUAUUUAUAAUUUUAUGAAUUUCUUUAUUGCCAUUGUUCUGAUUGAAAAUCAGGUCUGAUAUGUAUACUGUAUUUAUUUAUAAUUUCAUAUUAACUGUCAGCAUUUUAUGUAUGUGUUGCUUUAGAUACAAAAAAGAUAUAUGGGAACAUAGAGUGCUUUUAGUACAAACAGUGUCUUAAUGUAUAGUGAUGUCUAAAAAAUAUAUGUAUGUACUUGUACUCUUAGGUCUAAAGAAAUAGCGUAGUAUUAUGAAGAAUGUCAACUUGAAGAAGAUGUAUCUGAACGUCACACAUCAUAUCUACAACGUUAUAAUACAAUGGAUUUUACAUUGUAAUAUAACGUUAACUUAUAGAUUUAGCAAAAAAAACAUGCCAAAGACAUCGAAUAUGCUUUGAAAAAUGAAAUAUAGAAGAAUGUAGAUAUUAGAUUUAGAUAUAUGUCUAUUUAUG